UGUCACUCUAAUGACUCUAAUGAUGUGUACAAAAGUUUUUCACUUAAAUUGAGAUGAAUUUGAAAAUAUGUUUAAAAGUAAUUCAAACAAUUGGUUGACAUUAGUAUUGUUUAAUUGAUCCGAUGAUGACAUCUAUGAAGACUAAAUCACUUGUGGUGAUCACGACAUCACUUAUAUUGGAUUUGUUGGCCUUUACUGUGAUUUUGCCGUUAAUGCCAUCCAUUGUUGACUAUUACAGUAUCAACGAUCAGAGUGGUCUCUUUGAGUGGUUUAAUGGCAAAGUCAAGUUAAGUCAAGAAUGGAUAGGAAGUCCUCAAGAGUUCAACAAAGUACUUUUCGGUGGUCUCAUCGGUUCGUGGUUUUCAUUACUUCAAUACAUAUCUCAACCAUUGGUCGGGUCGUUGUCCGACAUUUACGGUCGAAAACCACUAUUACUUAUAUGUUUGUCGGGAAUCUCUUUAUCUUACUUCUGUUGGAGUCUUUCUUCACAAAUGUUUACAAUAUUUCUAAUUUCCCGAACCAUCGGUGGUCUCAGCAAAGGAAACAUAAGUCUGAGUACAGCCGUAGUAACGGAUGUGUCGGAUGAGUCAAAUCGCGGUAAAGGAAUGGCAUUAAUUGGGAUUUCCUUCUCCAUUGGAUUUAUUAUUGGACCCGUUUUAGGCGCAACUUUUGUUAUUUGGUCUCGAAGUUCAUCUCCAGACUACUUCUUUCAGUUAUAUCCGGCGGUCUUUGCAUUAAUCCUUUCUCUUCUUAAUAUUGUCUUUAUUUGGUAUUAUUUUGAAGAAUCCCUUUCCUUAAAUAAAAGGGCACGUUCGCUAGAGUCGGGUUUAAAGCAAGCCAUUGACUACAUGAGCCCAAUAUCAUUAUUCUCCUUUCGUCCCGUCAAUAAUGUUACAGAAAAAGAUUUAAAUGUCUUGAAAAGUGGAGGUCGUCUUUACUUUUUAUACCUAUACUUAUAUUCUGGACUCGAGUUUACGCUGACAUUCCUCACUCAUUUGAGAUUCAAUUACUCGAGUGCAGAACAGGGAAGACUUUACUUAUAUACCGGUCUUUUGAUGACUUUAAUACAGGGAUCAUAUGUUAGACGUAUUAAAGUUGGAAAUGAAUUAAAAACUGUUUUAACGGGCAUUUUAAUGAUAAUUCCAUCGUUUCUAUUGAUUGGUUUGGCAAACAAUGAAAUACAAUUAUAUAUUGGAUUAACAUUAUAUGCAUUUUCAUCGGCUACAGUGGUUCCAUGUUUGACAACAAUUGUUUCAUCAUAUGGUCCUCAGGACCAAAAAGGUGUUACACUCGGAAUAUUUCGAUCAAUCGGAGCACUGGCCAGAGCUUUGGGACCAAUAUCUGCUUCAUUAGUUUUCUGGAGAUUUGGUGCAACUGUUUGCUACUGUUUUGGAGCCAUUCUCUUAAUUUAUCCACUUUUGUCGGCACUUAGACUAAAGCAAUACAUUUUGGACAUUAACUCAAAGUAAUAAUUACAUCCAAUGAAACGUUUAAACGAAUUUUAAUGUAAAGUUUUAUGAAACAAAUGUGAUAAACGAUACUUUUUGUUAAGAGAUUUAUUGAAUCUAA